UUUCCCCGACGAACCUUUAAUUGAACUGCACAACAUUUUCUAUGAAGUGUCGCUGUUUGAGAUUUUAUUCCGGUUAAGAAGAAAACGUUUUACUCUGAGGACAAAUGGCGAGAGACAGAACCGGUGAGAGGCGGUGACAGAGAGUCAGACGGAGACAUGGAGGGAGACUCCGGUAAAGUCAGUCCGCUGAUGGGCGAGGACGAGUUCAAGGCGUCCUGCGCUAAGGAGAUGGCUCUGCUGGCGCUGAUGGAGAAGACGGGCUACAACAUGGUGCAGGAGAACGGGCAGAGGAAGUACGGCGGACCCCCGCCAGGUUGGGAGGGGCCGCCCCCCCCGCGGGGCUGUGAGGUGUUCGUGGGGAAGAUUCCCAGAGACAUGUACGAAGACAAGCUGGUGCCUCUGUUUGAGAGGGCGGGCAGGAUCUACGAGUUCAGGUUGAUGAUGGAGUUCAGCGGAGAGAACCGCGGCUACGCCUUCGUCAUGUACACCAACAGAGAAGCCGCUCAGAGAGCCAUCCAGAUGCUGGACAACUACGAGAUCCGACCGGGGAAGUUCAUCGGAGUGUGUGUGAGUCUGGACAACUGCCGCCUCUUCGUCGGCUCCAUCCCCAAAGAAAAGAGGAAGGACGAGAUCAUGGAGGAGAUGAAGAAGGUGACAGACGGGGUGGUGGAUGUGAUCGUGUAUCCCAGCUCCACAGAUAAGAGCAGGAACCGAGGUUUUGCCUUUGUGGAGUAUGAAUCCCACAAAGCAGCAGCCAUGGCCCGGAGGAAGCUCAUACCAGGAACCUUCCAGCUGUGGGGUCACUCCAUCCAGGUGGACUGGGCCGAGCCGGAGAAAGACGUGGAUGAAGAGGUCAUGCAGCGCGUCAGAGUCCUUUAUGUGCGUAACCUGAUGCUGAGCACCAGUGAAGACUCUCUGCGUCAGGAGUUCUCCCGCUUCAAACCCGGCUCGGUGGAGCGUGUCAAGAAGCUCACCGACUACGCCUUCAUCCACUACCGCUGCCGCGAGGACGCCGUCACCGCGCUGAGUCUGAUGAACGGGGCCCAGAUCGACGGAGCCACCGUGGAGGUGACGUUGGCCAAACCGGCGGGCGUCAAAGACGUGAGUGUAGCCGGGAGGAGGUACAACGGCCGGGCGUACCUGGGGAACAACGCAGCAGGAGGGGGAGGAGGAGGAGGAGAUGGAGGAGGAGGGAACGGGACGUAUCUUCUGCACAGGAACGAUGGAGGGAUGAUGGGAGGAGGGGAGGACGGAUGCUCUCCACUGAGACCCGUGUCCCUGCCGCCGCGCCUGGGGAGCCCCUUCUACCCAGGAGCAGGUGGAGCAGACGACCUGGACAGGUAUGUGUUCCCCCUGUUUCCCGGCACUCCCCUCUCCCCCACCAGCAUGCUGUCGCUGAAGCAGAGUCAGAUCGGCUCCGCCGUCAGCCUGCUCGACUUCUACUGCCGCAAAAACUACUGGUCCCAGCCCGAGUACCACCUGUACUCCACACCUGGGCAGGACGGAAAACUGCUGCUCCUGUACAAGGUUGUGAUCUCAUCCACACGAAGCACCUACAUCCCAGACAAGCUGUGUGUGCUGCUGGAUGACGCCAAAGAGCUGGCUGCACAGACCACCCUGUGGAACCUAGACUCGUCCUUCCUGAGCGGAGCGUCCGGUGAUUCUCCCAGCAGCACCUCUCCGCCGCUCGCCAUCCCCUCCGCCACCAGCCCCGGGCUUCUGACCUGCAGCGGCAGGGCCUUCCCCUCCUGCCUCCCUCCUCCUCCCCCCGCCCCUCCCUCCCCCUUCCCCCUCACUCCCCUCUCUCCCCUCUCUCCCCUCUCCUCUCUGUCCACGCUCACCCCCCCUGCCUCCCAAACGCAGAGGCUCUACUUCAGCUCCCAGGCGCCUUUCUACUGACGGAGGCAGCGGCGAGACGACAGGGCACAGCAGAGGAGGAGGAGGAGGAGGAGGAGGAGGAGGCAGAGGAGAGCCAGGAGGAAAGGCAGGACUGUCUUUAUUAUGACUACACUACCAAAUAUUUCCCAGCGCAGUGUUUUUGUAACAUGCCGCCUCUGGCUGACUUCAGAUGUUCAGCACAGACGGACGAGCAGAGAAGUGUUCACGUCUCCCAUCUGUUUGUUUCAUCUCCCUCUAUUUUGCAUCUUUAUCUCGUUUAGAGAGGGAGGGAGGGAGGGAGGGAGGGAGGGGAGGAUAAUAUUUAGUUUCUGACGAGCUGCUCGGCUUCUUUUCUCAGUCACCUCUGAUAAACUCAACAAUGAACGACACUGUUUAGAUUUCACAAAAACGCACAAAUCCUGCAGAUAAACCGUCUUCUAUCAACCUCUGUUAAAUGUCAGCCUCCCUCUCUCCUCCUCCUCUGUGGUGUCGUUUUCUUACGGCCAAACUUCCCCUUACAGUUCCCAUAAUGCCACAGCAGGGACACAGAUAACGUAUCAUAGCUUCACACGAACAUUUACCUUCAAAUAAGAAGAUUGUUUGUUGUUUUUGUCUCACGAGUGAUAAAAUCUGAUAAAUUUAAGUCGUCAGGUGAAAGAUCUGAUGAUUUCUUUAUAAAUGUAUAUUCACAGAAAAACAAAAUGAAUGUUUCAGGCUUAAAAUAAUCCUCCACAUUAAUCCAGCUCCUCUGGGAGAGUAGCACAAGUUUUACGAACAAGUUAACGUCGUGAUUUUUUGGGUAAAACGUGACGUUGAAACCACGUCAGGCUGCGUUAGAAUGAAAAACAGCCUUUUCCACUACACUAGAGUCUGAUUUCCAUUUCCUGUCAUCCUCUCACUACACCACUCAUCACUGUAGAGAGCUAAAAAGAGGGCUUCUCUUUCUUCUUCUUCGUCCAGAGGAAGUUUGUAGACUCCCUUUCAUGUUAGUGUUAGCCUGAGUUAUGUGAGAGAGGAUGAAACACCUUAAAGCCAAAUGUCAAGUGUCGGGCCGAUCGUUUCACCAACACGUUCCUCAGAGGAACAGCCGCUCGUCUCCGAGCUGACAUGUUUACAGCCGCCGGUCAUGGAGUCGCUUUUUCCAUGUUUCCUAAUUUGCCUGACCCACUUCAACUUCACGGCCGUGUUUCCGUAGGUUUUUAAGACUCGGCCAUUUUGAAGGAGGAAGAAAAACAUGAGGAUGAAGAUUAAAAAAAACCUUUGAGGGCAGAUUUAAGAUGUUUCUCCUCCGGACGCCUUCGUCUCGGUGAUUUAGUCUCGUUUAAGUCACAUUGACAAAGAGUGAGAAGGAGUGAAAACAUCAUAAUCUGUGUUUCUCCAUGUUUCCUAAUAUCGCCUGGUCUCCUCUUCGUGCGUUUACGUUUGGAAAAUGAGGAGAAGGAGGAGUCUUAAAGCUUUUAAGACUUUUCAGUCAGUCUCUCAUACUUGUAUUUCUCUGUUGUAAAGGAGGAAGGAAGAGGUUAAAAUGUCAGAGACAAGGUUUUAUUUUACAUCCUAAUAAAUAAAAGAGCUGUAAUUUAGAGCUGAGGCAGUAAUUCAGUUUGUUUGUAGCUGAGUUGCUGCUUCCUGAAUAAACUUCUCAUCACAGAAGCAAAUCAGACCUGAAACGAUUAAUUGAUCAGUUGAUCGACAGGAAAAUAAUCAGCAAAUAUUCUGAUAGUCGAUUGUUUUAGUCAAAUUUCAACAAAAAUAAUGACAAAAUUUCAACAGCAUUUAAACCUUUAUUCAAAAAAAUGAAAUUUCCAGAGAAUGUAGUUAGAUCACAAAAAGAGAUCCGAGUAUUUAAAGUGAUUUUUGACGUGUUUGAUCAGUGGGAGCUGGAGAGGAGGAAGAGACGGGGAGCUGAGUUUAUUUCUUUAUCAGAGGAUGAGAAACUGGAAGCCGAGUGGAGUCAGUGUCGUCGUGUACAUAGUUCUUUAAACGACAGUUAAUUCAGUUCAAUUCAUUCAAAGCACAAAGAGACGAGUUAAAUCGAGGUUAAAUUAGCUGUUAGUUAUUAUUAAUGAGUUAAAUUAGUUUUCAUGUUCCUCUUCACUGCGAGUCAGAAACUCCGAUUUAAGAUCAAACCAGAAGCAGCAGGACGAGUUUAAAGGCAAAUCAUUUUCUUCAUGUUCAUGUUGUGUUGAUGUUCAUUGAUUUGUUCGGACGGAGCAGCUGACGACUCUCCUUGUUGCUGUUGAUGAUUCAGGCUUUUUGUAGCCUUGAACGACUUCAUAUGUUUUAUAUAUUCAUGUAGUAAAAGUGUUUGUAGAGUUUUAGCUCACUUUGUGAAUGUUUUACGAUCCUUUAAUCCAGUUUGUCUUUCACUCUGCUGGUUUAAAGUCCAAGUUUCUGAAGUUUUGUUCAGACAUUUUAUUCUCAGGCUGGAAAAAUAGAUUUUUUUUUCUUUUUGUUUGACUUUAAAAGUGACAGAAUUCAAACAUUUUAGAUUCAGGUCAUAAUAUUUUUCCCUGUUUCUUUUUAUUCAGUGAAUUAACAAAUCCAAACCACAUUGCAAUGUGAUUUUAUUUCCUCCUGUUUUUUUUAAAUUGGAAUCUGUUUAGUGAUUAAAAAUGAUAAUAAAUAAUAAUAACACAAAUUAACACCUAUUUAUUUAACGAUCCAGAUAACAAAACCUAAUCAAAACCAAAAAUCAGGAAAGAAGAAAAUAACUCAGUGUUAAUGAAUAUGACCUUAUUUAUUUAGUUAAAAUAUGUCCCAUCCACUUUAAAUAAAGACAGAAUGAAGAGUUUGAUUAUCCAAUGAGAACUCAGCCUUGUGAUUAAAAGAGCAAAGUGUUAUUGUUGAAGUGAUGUCAUCUCACCAAGUGAUGAAAUGUCAGGGAGCGACUGUGUUCUGGAGCGAGGGAAACAUUCAGUGUUUGGGAAUAAAACUUCACCACUGUU